AUGGGCAUUCAGGGGAGCGGCAAGACGUCGUUUAUGUUGGGAAAUGUGCAGGGAGGCGACGCAGCGCCUCCACGAACACUCUCCGCACCGCCGCCGCGGCCGUCUGCCGCCACCGCGGCUUCAUCUUCACCCCUCUCCGCGGCACCCGCUACGGGCGGUCUCUUCCGUGCUGUGAUGGACCGACUCUUUGCGACGGAGCAGCACACACGCUCUCUCUCGGUCGCCGUGAGUGUGGUAGAAGUACGCGAUGUCGCCCCUCUGCAGCACCCCUCCGUCCUGCAGCGGCCGCGUGAGACGGUGGAUCUGCUGUCGGGGCAGCUGCUGAGCCGGCAGGAAGGUCAGCAUGAGGAGGGUACGGCUGUGCUGAGAAGGGUUGACCGACGACGGCGGGAGAGCUCGCCGGACGAGGACGGCUCCUCCGGGUCCGCGACGCCGUCCGUUGCGGUGGAUGAGCCGACCGACAUCCCCGCGGCGUGCUACGUGCGGGUGCACUCGUCCGCCGCGGCUGCACGGGUGCUUUACACCGCCCUCCGCUCCUCCACCGCGUGGCAGCCUCGCCUUGAUACCAACGUCAGUGAGACAGUGGGGCCGGCGGACGCACGACAUCCUUCCUCUCCACCCGUCUCGUGUCUUCUGCGUCCUGCCGGUCUGCCGCGGGAGGAGCAAACGAGCCAUUUGUGCGUGACGACACUCGUCAGCCACGCCGGCGAUGCACGUCGCGGUUGGCAGGCCACCACGCCACCCGCGGUCGGCAUUUGGAAGCUGUGGGACGUGUCGGGUCCCGACCCGUCCUGCGGCUAUCGCCCGUACACAGCAGGGGAUGCAAAUGACGCCUCAACGCCGCCGCCACCACUGAGGAAUAAGAAGACCACAAGAAGGACCCAUGCGCAGGUAGAAGAGCGGGACCCUUUGGAGAGAGAUCGUGCCGACACGCAGUGGAAGCCUGCGCUGCCGUGGCACAACCGCUACAGCCUGCCAUCCCUCACCCACACCUGCCUGACCGCCUUCGGAUGUGGUGCGGAUCGGCCGGCGAGGUGUGACCUCUCUCUUCUGCGGUGUGACGCAACGGCGCUGCAGAUUGCGGCGAGUGCGACAGAGUCCUGCUCUUUGGUGAUCCCGGUGUGCACGGUGGUGGCCGCGGCGUCGGCGGAUGAGGUGAACGCCGAGGUGCUGCGCUGCGCCGGUGGGUGGGCCGCGUUCGGCCGUCGUGCGGAUGCCCCCGUGCUGGAGGGAGAGGGACGUGCAACGCAAACUGCGGAACGCAGCCGUGGUGCGGACAACGCAGCCGCUGCUCAACGCGUGCUGGAGGACUACGCCGUGCCCUUUGAAGACUUCUUUAGGGAGAACAUCGCACCGUGCGCAUCGGCUGUGCCGCCGACACUGUGGGAAGCAUCGUGUACGCCCGGCGCCAGCGAUGGCGGGGCAGGAGUUGGUGCUCCUGCCAUUUGCGACACAUCAGCGACUUUUGCGCGGAAUCCAUCCACCUUCUCGUCAACGACAGCGCCACUCAGGACAGCGCCGGAAGCUCGUCGCGUCGAUGGACGAGUUCCUCUUCCUGUGAGUAGCGGAGUGCCGGGAGACAGGACGGCGCCGUUGAGCAUCAACGUCACCGCAUCGGAGGAGGACCAACUCACCACGCUGCCUGCGGUUGCCUACAGCAAAGAUCGGAGCGAUGCUUUGGCGGACCGCGCAGCCGCGCUGGCCUCUGGUUUAACUCCUGUCAAGGAGGAGGAGAAGAGUUCGAGGGAGGAAGGCACCUGCAGCGUUUCACAGCGUUCACCUCUACACGGAAAGCGCACCGAGAACCUCGUGCGCACGCCACAACGCCUCGGCAACGAGAGCGCCAUGGCAGCUGCGAAACCGGCGGCUGCUAUGGCCACAACGAUGUCUACUCUAUCAACGCAGCCUUCUGUGGCUGCCCUGUGCGCUGCGGGGGCGAUGAAGGCGGAGGAGGCACGGCUGCAACGCUUUGAGGGCGUGUUUGAGACGGAGACUUUUGAUGUCGCCGACGAGCCUCCGUGGACUUCGCACGCGGUGCCCGCUCUGAACGAGGCGGAGGACGGCGUUUUUCCGGUCUCGCUGCCUUCCGCUGAGGCGAAACCUGUGGGUUUGCGUGCGGGCGAGCGGCGGCAACAGAGCGAGCAAGCACCGCUCCACACCCCCGUCAAGCAAGACAGUUCCCCUCCCUCUGUGAUGCGCACAGCUCUGCGCCCGCCGGCGUCCGCAGCUCCUCCCCCGCCGCUGCCGCUGCCGAGUGAGUCUGGGCGUCGCGGUGCUGCCGGACCACCACCACCGCCGUCACCACCGCCGCCGGUCGCCGCGGAGCCCACCGACAAGGAAGAGACGUUUCUGUGCACUCCGCAGGAGCUGCGGUACGACACAUCGGAGCUGCCCCCUCCACGCGACGGCCAAAGAGCAGCGCUCACAGUAGAUAGCGCGGCGGCAUCACGGGCUAAUCCCACAACGAACCCAGACCCGGCCGCAGCGGCCGUCGUGCAGUACCUGGCCCCCUACUGCGAUCAGUUUCUCCAACUGUACGCCGACAUGCGUCGUGACGUCGCGACGUGGCGGGCAGCGGAGGUUGCGUCGCUUCAGACGCUGUCAGAACUGGCAGAGCAGCACACACGUGACAUACAACGGCUCACGCAGCUCCUGCGCCAACUAUCCGCUCCUGCAGCAAACAGAAGCCUUGAUGGUGGCGCCGUGUCCUCCGCUCCGGUAACGUCAUCAGGCGAUGCCGCUGCCGCGCUCGCCUCCACAAGCUCUCUCAUCUUCGAGCAGCUGGUGAAGUCGGAGGAGAAGGUGACCUGGUUGGAGAAGCAGCUGGUUCAGUGGCGUCAGCGCACCCACGAGGCGUCCACGCUGCACCACAGCAUCGCAGAGGUCGGAGAUGCCAGCGCUCUCGUAGACGACCACAAGGCGGAGUUGACUAUCGGGCUGUUUGCCAUCGACAGUCAGGGCCUUCACGCUUCGGCCCUCUCAGAGGGCGACGACUUUGUGAAGGACGACGGGGCGGACCCGACGGGGCGACACGUGGCGCAGGCACAGCGCAUCCUUCACCGCCUGCUGCAGCGCUGCGGACGUGCGUACGCCUCGGCACAGGAACGCAGCACGCGGUGGCAGGAGCAGCUGACGCAGGAGCACGCAUCCAAGUCCGCGCUGAUGGAUCGCAUGACGGAGCUGGAGGGGGAGCUAGCGGAGUACCGACGUAGGGGAGGUGCGGUGUUGGCCGCACUUCCACCGGGCUCCUCUCACGCAGAGGCAGGGACGCCCGACCGGCACCGUGGUGCGUCCGCCGCGUCACGUACGACUCCUCUGAACUGCCCUGAUGAUCCUCUUCUGUAUUCUGGCGCUGUUCUUACCGCCUUCGACCGGCGGAGUGACCCGAAACACGUCAAACGCACGGAGGAGGAGGGAGAGGAGCAGCUCAUCCCUAUCAACAUGCGCCGUGAAGACAAAGAAGAACUCAUUCGCUACACCCGCGCUGCCCUGACGUGUGCGACGCCCGCGCAGGUCAGCCCGAUUCGCAGCCUAGACGACACCGUCCUCUCGCUGCCGUCGCAGGCCGCCGAUCGGGGUCGCGGUCGCACCGCGGCGGCUCAGACAACACCGGUACCGGAAGAAGAGCGCCAUCCCGCAUCUUCCUCCGCCGCCUCCUCCACCUCGCGACCCUCCGUUGCGGCCGACGUGCCCUCGCAACUCGCUGCUCUGCUGUCGCGUGCGGUGGGGCGCGAUGACGAGAGUGGAGGGUUUCCAAGCAAUCGCCGUGCCGGGCGGCCGCAUCUCCCUCCGUCUUCUACCGCUGCUGCUGCGGCCGCCGCGGCGCUGUUUGACGUUCGCUUUGGGCCCGCCUCUUCAACCGCUGCGGAAGCUUCUGUGCAGGUGGCCGUUGACAGCGAUGCCGAGGAAGCACCACAUCUCUUUAACGCUGCGUCGCCUCCGUCGCCUUUCACGCGCUCCGCUGCCACGCCGCGUGCGAAUUCGGAGCGACUUCACGAGGCAAUCACGCAACCGGGGGUCCGACAGGGUGCGACGCGAUCUGCUGCACGGACACACGGAGCCGUGACAGUCGCAGACGAACUCCACGGUACAGGCCCACGUGACGACUCGUACCCUACAGUGGCGCUGCAGCGCCUUCAACGGGCCGCGACGCAACUGGCGGCGAAUGCGGUGCGUCUGACGCGCCUGGCGGACCCAAACGACGAGAGCGCCGGGACCACGGUGAGCAGCGCAGCGCAACUGCUGCGAGAAACGCUGGAGGAUCCGAGACGGAGGCCGGCACCGGCAGGCAACGACAUCUUCACCGUGCGCAGCAGGUCGAGUGAGAGAGAUGCCGAUCACGUCAUGAUGACACCGCUGUCUCAAUCGUUGGGUGAGCUGCGGUCUGCGUCGCAGGCGGUGCAACGCGAGGCACGCGAGACGGCGGAACGCGAGAGGGCCUACCUGUCAACCAUCCUCUUCUCUCCGGUUUCUUCUCCAGAAAGAGGGAACGUUGCCUGA